GGUACGAAACAAAAGCGAGAACGGAAAAAGACUGUGUCAUUUAGCAGUAUGCCAACUGAGAAAAAGAUCAGCAGCGCAAGUGACUGUAUAAACGCGAUGGUUGAAGGCUCUGAGCUCAAAAAGAUUCGAUCCAACUCUAGGGUCUAUCACCGAUAUUUUCUUUUAGAUGCAGAUAUGCAGUCUCUACGUUGGGAACCUUCAAAAAAGGAUUCUGAAAAAGCAAAGAUUGAUGUUAAAUCAAUCAAGGAAGUAAGAACAGGAAAAAAUACGGAUAUUUUUCGCAGCAAUGGAAUAUAUGACCAGAUAUCAGAAGACUGUGCUUUUUCAAUUAUAUAUGGAGAAAACUACGAGUCACUAGAUCUUGUUGCUAACUCAGCAGACAUUGCAAAUAUUUGGGUUACUGGCUUAAGAUACCUGAUUUCUUACGGAAAACACACUCUAGAUAUGAUAGAAAGUUCUCAAGAUAAUAUGCGGACUUCAUGGCUUUCACAGAUGUUCAGUGAAUCAGAUGUAGAUAAUUUGGGACAUAUACCUCUGUGUAAUGCUGUACAGUUUAUAAAAGACUUAAAUCCUGGUUUAAAAAAUAAUAAAAUUGAACUAAAAUUCAAGGAGCUACAUAGAUCCAAGGAAAAAACUGGUACUGAAGUAACAAAAGAAGAGUUUAUUGAAGUUUUUCAUGAGCUUUGUACCAGACCUGAAAUCUACUUCCUGUUGGUUCAGUUUUCAAGCAAUAAAGAGUUCCUAGAUACCAAGGACCUCAUGAUGUUUUUAGAAGCAGAACAGGGUAUGGCACAUGUCACAGAAGAAAUAAGCCUUGAAAUUAUUCAGAAAUACGAGCCAGCCAAAGAGGGCCAGGAAAAGGGUUGUCUUUCUAUAGAUGGGUUUACGAAUUACCUUACUUCACCAGACUGCCACAUAUUUGAUCCAGAACAUAAAAAAGUUUGUCAAGAUAUGAAACAACCUUUAUCUCAUUAUUUUAUAAAUUCAUCUCAUAAUACGUACUUGAUAGAGGAUCAGUUUCGAGGGCCUUCUGACAUCACAGGCUACAUUCGCGCUCUUAAAAUGGGUUGUCGAAGUGUUGAACUGGAUGUGUGGGAUGGUCCAGAUAACGAGCCUGUGAUUUACACAGGACAUACAAUGACAUCACAGAUUGUCUUCCGUAGUGUAAUUGACAUUAUUAACAAGUAUGCAUUUUUUGCUUCAGAAUACCCUCUUAUUUUAUGUUUAGAAAAUCAUUGUUCUAUUAAGCAGCAGAAAGUGAUGGUACAGCACAUGAAGAAAAUUCUAGGGGACAAACUACAUACACAGUCUCCAAACAUUGAACAGUCUUAUCUCCCAUCUCCGGAAUCACUUAAAGGGAAAAUACUAAUUAAAGCAAAGAAGCUUUCCUCUAAUUGUUCUGGACUAGAGGGAGAUGUUACAGAUGAAGAUGAAGGAGCAGAAAUGUCACAGAGAGUGGGGAAAGAGGGCGUAGAACAGCAAAACUUAAUGACGGGGAAACGAUUUCAGCUCUGCAAAGACCUCUCUGAGUUGGUGAGCAUAUGUAAAUCAGUUCAGUUCAAAGAGUUUCAAGUUUCAUUUCAGCUCCAGAAGUACUGGGAAGUGUGCUCGUUUAACGAAGUGCUUGCUAGCAAGUAUGCCAACGAAAACCCAGGAGACUUUGUAAAUUAUAACAAACGUUUUCUUGCGAGAGUUUUCCCCAGUCCUAUGAGGAUUGAUUCUAGUAAUAUGAAUCCCCAGGACUUUUGGAAAUGUGGUUGUCAGAUAGUAGCAAUGAACUUUCAAACGCCUGGCUUAAUGAUGGAUCUUAACAUCGGUUGGUUUCGACAAAAUGGGAACUGUGGCUAUGUCCUUCGUCCUGCUAUCAUGAGAGAAGAAGUAUCCUUCUUUAGUGCGAACACAAAAGACACUGUGCCUGGAGUUUCACCUCAGCUGCUUCAUAUUAAAAUCAUUAGUGGGCAAAACUUUCCUAAACCCAAAGGAUCAGGUGCCAAAGGUGAUGUUGUGGAUCCUUAUGUCUAUGUUGAAAUACAUGGAAUCCCUGCUGACUGUGCAGAGCAAAGGACAAAAACUAUGCAUCAGAAUGGGGAUAAUCCAAUUUUUGAUGAAAGCUUUGAAUUUCAAAUAAAUUUACCAGAACUAGCUAUGGUGCGUUUUGUAGUACUGGAUGAUGAUUACAUUGGGGAUGAGUUUAUCGGGCAAUACACUAUUCCCUUUGAGUGUCUACAGACUGGUUAUCGGCACGUUCCUCUGCAGUCUUUAACUGGUGAAAUUUUAGCACAUGCUUCUUUGUUUGUGCACGUGGCCAUUACUAAUCGAAGGGGUGGUGGGAAACCUCAUAAACGGGGCCUCUCUGUAAGGAAAGGCAAGAAAUCAAGGGAAUAUGCUUCUAUGAGAACAUUGUGGAUUAAAACAAUAGAUGAAGUGUUCAAGAAUGCUCUCCAACCUAUUCGGGAUGCCACGGAUUUGAGAGAAAACAUGCAGAAUGCAGUAGUUUCAUUCAAAGAAUUAUGUGGCCUCUCUCCUGUAGCAAAUCUUAUGCAGUGCAUUCUGGCAGUGUCUACACGCUUGGUUGGGCCUGAUAAUACCCCCCUGGUAGUACUGAAUCUCAAUGAUCAGUAUCCGACUAUGGAACUCCAAGGGAUUGUUCCAGAGGUCUUGAAAAAGAUUGUAACAGCAUAUGACAUGAUGAUUCAGACCAUCAGGACUCUAGUUGAAAAUACAGAUAGCUUAUAUGAGAAGAUAGUACAGUGUCAGAAAGCAG